AUACUUAAAAAAAUUUUUUGUUUAAAUUACUACACAUUUAAUCCUUCACAAACGGUGAUUUAAUAUUCAUCUCUACUCUGAGGGAGGCUUUGAUAUUUUUAUACCAUAAUAGCUAAAAGUCUAAUUACUAGGAACUCUUUGGAAACUAUAUUAACGAUGGAAGGCCAUGUUGAUAUUGAAACAACCCACCUACUAGAAGCCGUUUGUUUAAAACUGGAAAAGUUGCUUGUACUUGGAGAUAUAGAUGCAAAAGAAACUGAAAAUUCGAAAAAUAUGGAAUGCUCAGAUUUGUCCCCUAAACAGCUAUACAAGUUCUCAUCGAGAACGGAUAAGGAGUGUGAAGAGGAGGGAGUGCAAUCACCUUCCGUUCAAUCCAUGAUUAAUUUAACUUCAAGCAGCCACGAUAUGAGUCCUGGGACGAUUCCUAUAUCUGGCAAGGGAAUCAAUAUAGGCACUCAAACUUCUAAUAAAAAUAAAAACAAGAACAAGCGGUCUGGAAAAAAAUCUUUACCUACAGCUACAAAAUCUAAGUAUGGUAAGGCUAACGACAAACCCCGCUAAGGUUGAUGAAACUAAAACAAUUUCAUAUUUUUAUACAGACUGUAAAAUUAGAUAUGAAUUACUAUAGUUUAAUCUUUUAAUAUUUUUUUUAAAUCAAAUAAAUUAAAACAAACGCUUUAAUUAAAACUAA